CAGAGAGCGCGGGUCAACCAGGCGCGGUACAAGAUGAGGCAGAAUCUACGCGCGACGAAACUCGCGACAAGCACCCAGCAGCUCCACAAGGAGAUCGCAGAGCUUCGAAUGCACCGCCACAUCGUGACCUCGAUGAUCCCGGCGACCAACACAAUCUGGAGCAUCGCGGUGGAGUAUCUUCGCCUCUUCCGUUUUGGCGUCCAGGCUCCAGAUGGUCCGGGCUCGCCCAAUACUGCUGCAGGAGCGCUGCGUGUGCAUGACGCUCGGGUGCAGCAGAGUUUUCUGAAUGCGACCACGACGCCAGACCUGACAGACGGAACAUUCUACGGCAUCGAAGCGUUCAUGCAGAGCUGGAUGCAGAUGUCCGUCUGCAUCCCCAACUUGGACAUCCAGCUCGUUCAACUGGAAAAUGGUCCUCGAGGCUCGUUGAUCGCCACCGUUGAGCAGAACGUGACCGUCACCCGAGACAUGCUGUACUUCGCCUUCCCGAACCUGUUCGCAGACCAAGGCUUCCAUCUCCCGAGCAAGCUUGUAGGCCAGCAGUUUGUGCUGCGUGCUUUGGUCGUGUUCGACUGGGAUGACGCGAGCAAUCGUGUGUGUGGCAUCCAGUUCAAGACCGACCUGCUGACGCCAAUGCUGCGCAUCUUGGGCAGUUUGGAGGACGUGUCGAAGAUGUUCGAAAACACCCGGCUUACUCCCGAGUGCGGACUCUCAAUGGAUUAA